AUGCUGCCGCCGGUGCCCUCCCGCCUCGGGCUGCUGCUGCUGCUGCUCCUGUGCCCCGCGCACGUCGGUGGACUGUGGUGGGCUGUGGGUAGCCCCCUGGUCAUGGAUCCUACCAGCAUCUGCAGGAAGGCCAGGCGGCUGGCAGGACGGCAGGCUGAGCUGUGCCAGGCAGAGCCGGAAGUGGUGGCAGAGCUUGCCCGGGGCGCAAGGCUGGGGGUCCGAGAAUGUCAGUUCCAGUUCCGUUUCCGACGCUGGAACUGUUCCAGUCACAGCAAGGCCUUUGGGCGCGUCUUGCAGCAGGACAUUCGAGAGACAGCCUUCGUGUUUGCCAUUACUGCAGCCGGCGCCAGCCACGCGGUCACGCAGGCCUGUUCCAUGGGAGAGCUCCUGCAGUGUGGUUGCCAGGCACCCCGUGGGCGAGCACCACCUAGGCCCACUGGCCUUCUGGGCACCCCUGGACCUCCAGGACCAGCAGGUUCCCCAGAAGCCAGCGCAGCCUGGGAGUGGGGAGGCUGUGGAGAUGAUGUGGACUUCGGGGAUGAGAAGUCAAGACUCUUUAUGGAUGCACAGCACAAGCGGGGACGUGGAGACAUCCGUGCACUGGUGCAGCUGCACAACAAUGAGGCAGGCAGGCUGGCGGUGCGGAGCCACACGCGCACAGAAUGCAAGUGCCACGGGCUGUCGGGUUCGUGCGCGCUGCGCACCUGCUGGCAGAAGCUGCCUCCAUUCCGCGAGGUGGGCGCAAGGUUGCUGGAACGCUUCCACGGAGCCUCGCGCGUCAUGGGCACCAACGACGGCAAAGCCCUGCUGCCCGCCGUCCGCACGCUCAAGCCUCCCGGCCGAGCCGACCUCCUUUACGCCGCCGACUCGCCCGACUUCUGUGCCCCCAAUCGGCGCACCGGCUCGCCGGGCACGCGCGGCCGCGCCUGCAACAGCAGUGCCCCGGACCUCAGCGGCUGCGACCUGUUGUGCUGCGGUCGCGGACAUCGCCAGGAGAGCGUACAGCUCGAAGAGAACUGCCUGUGCCGCUUCCACUGGUGCUGCGUAGUGCAGUGCCACCGCUGCCGCGUGCGCAAGGAGCUCAGCCUGUGCCUCUGA